UUUUUGUUUAUUCCUAACAAAAAGAGAGGAGGGCAUCAUUCAACACCAUAACGUAUUAUUAAUCUUUUUGGUAAAUAAAGUCAAACAAUGCCAAGCUACUGUAUCAAUAUAUACCCAGGUUGUUCCCGACGGCAGGGGAAGGUGCUACCCGUUUCUCAGAGCUCGAAAAUAGUGCGAUAUGCGGUGAAAUGCUACGCUACGGUUCGACUACAAUUGAUCGGAGAGAGGAUCGAGUCAGUCACACAGUCACAUGUCCCAACAAAGUCUGUGGCUCAUUGUGGACAUAGAUGGACUAGCUAAUCAGACCACCGAGUGGGCCCAGCCCAAGUGGCAAGGUCUUGCUCCACAAAUCCAUAGCGCUCUCGACAGUUAAUCGGGGCACCUCACGCCAAAGCGAAGAGCCACGUUGGUUAGUGGCUGCUGCUUGAUGUCAGAAGUGGACUAUCGUCUGGAUAUGUAGCUAGCAUUGUCCUGGUACUGUAUGGAACUGGUCCAAGGACACCACCCUGACGGAAUUCAUGACAAACUUGGUCAUGAGCCUUCCCGCAAAGUAUGGCUUAUCAUGGCUUGUCUACUCAAAAGUAGUCAAAAUCAAGGACCGCGUGGAAAAAAAACCUGGCAUAGUUUCGAGUACUUUGAUAUUGCGGAACGUAGGAAGUACACUACCAGUGGGAUACGAUCUGACGACAGAUCCGGGCACUUAAUGACUGUCAUGUGGCUGCGUUUUGUAGGUUGUUUGUCGUCAAGAUUUCCUGCAAUUGACGCAAUGCCACCUUCUGUUCCUCAAAUGUCUUCCAACUUUCAACCGGAUCUUAUACUCUCACCCUUGGUCUCAUCUCCUCCGAACACCACUCCGAUCUCACAUGAAGCUCUAGGAUUUUCCAAGGGGCCUAGGCUACUUCACUGUGGAAGCUGCGGCUGGUUGGAUUCUAGCCAUCGCCCCUGCUUCCUCCGUAUUCCGGCAUAUGUCCGCCAUGCCUACUCCAUGAUCAGCGUAGUGCUGUUGCUGCAACUCCUCCCGUCGCUUUCUAGGAUACUCGUGGGUUCGGUCUGAUUCCGAGUAUGGACCUUCGCUUCCUUCUCCCUUUUCAUUCCGUUUGAUUGCCGAGCAAAGCUCCAUUUCCCUGACGUGGGAAGCUUUCCUUCGGCUCUUCGCUCAUUCCAGGCCAAAAGGCUGAUGUCAUCAGCGUCUCUGGGACCAGAUCGGCGUCGCCGCAACAAAUUGUGAUAUCCAUGAUAAGCAUCGGCAUGCUGAUCACUUUGCCCACUAGGCCAACAUCUGACUACAAGGCCUUCCCUACUUCCAGCGUGCAUUCAUCUGUCAGAUGAAUGCUUGACUGCACAUCCUGCUCUCUCCCCCGAAGCGCACACUUGCGCAUGCAAUCUUCGCUCAUGAAGCGGGUGGCCCCGAUGUCGAAUGUCGUAGGCAUCGUCCGCCCGCCGAUCUUCACUGUAAUGAAGAUUCGGCCACCGUCUGCUACAUGGACGCGUGUGU